UGGUGUGGAGCCUCAGCGUAGGGGAGGGCGGGCGCUGGAGGCCGCGGCCGGCUGUCUGCGCGGGUGCGGAAUCCGCAGCAUCCCCGAGUCCCGGCUAUUUAUGGGCUGGAGAAAAGGUUGCGUUGCCCCUUCGCCGGCCUCCCCGCCUCCGGAGCCGCGCCGGGCGCCAGCAGCUCGCAGCUGGACGGCCGCCGGCGCGGGGCCUCGGGGUGCGGCCGGGGGCCUGCGGCAGUCCGGCCCUAGAGGGCGUGGAGACCGGAGGGCGGUGAAGCCGCUCUAGGUCCGCCUCUCCAUUGAUGAAAUUUAAGUUCGUCUGGUUUUACCUUUUCCGGAGUCUCCAGUCGUCCCCGGGUAGUGUCGGGAUCGCUGAAUAGCCUGGAGUUCCCUCCCAAGCUGAGUCCGACCCACCAAGUUUCCGUCUUCUGGAUUUUUCUUUUUAAAGACUAGUUUUGAUUUUUCCCCCCGAAUUCUUAAGUAGUUAAACAUCGGAGGAGAAAGAACACUUCGGUUGUUGCAGGGAAGGGAGAGAGCCCUUCCUUACAACGUAGCUUCUAGAAAUUGAAAAUUAUAAGCCAGAUUAUUUUAAUACAAUCCUUAAAAUGUCGAGAUUUGUACCAGAUCUUAGCAAAGCUAUGUCUCAAGAUGGUGCUUCUCAGUUCCAAGAGGUCAUUCUCCAAGAACUAGAAUUAUCUGUGAAGAAAGAAUUAGAAAAAAUACUUACCACAGCAGCCUCACAUGAGCUUGAGCACACUAAAAAAGAUCUUGAUGGAUUUCGGAAGCUAUUUCAUAGAUUUUUGCAAGAAAAGGGACCUUCUGUAGACUGGGGUAAAAUCCAGAGACCUCCAGAAGAUUCGAUUCAACCCUAUGAAAAGAUAAAGGCCCGCGGCCUGCCUGACAACGUGUCUUCUGUGCUGAACAAGUUGGUGGUAGUGAAGCUCAAUGGCGGCCUGGGCACCAGCAUGGGCUGCAAAGGCCCUAAGAGUCUGAUCGGUGUGCGGAACGAGAACACCUUCUUGGAUCUGACUGUUCAGCAAAUUGAACAUUUGAACAAAACCUAUAAUACAGAUGUUCCUCUCGUUUUAAUGAAUUCUUUUAACACGGAUGAAGAUACCAAAAAAAUACUCCAGAAGUACAAUCAUUGUCGUGUGAAAAUCUACACCUUCAAUCAAAGCAGGUAUCCGAGGAUUAAUAAGGAAUCCCUGCUUCCAAUAGCAAAGGAUGUGUCUUAUUCAGGGGAAAAUACUGAAGCUUGGUACCCUCCAGGGCAUGGAGAUAUCUAUGCCAGUUUCUACAAUUCUGGCCUGCUCGACACCUUUAUAGAAGAAGGCAAAGAGUAUAUUUUUGUGUCUAACAUAGAUAAUCUGGGUGCCACAGUAGAUCUUUAUAUUCUUAAUCAUCUAAUGAACCCACCCAAUGGGAAGCGCUGUGAAUUUGUCAUGGAAGUCACAAAUAAAACACGAGCAGAUGUAAAGGGUGGGACACUCACUCAGUAUGAAGGCAAGCUGAGAUUGGUGGAAAUCGCUCAAGUGCCCAAAGCACAUGUUGAUGAAUUCAAGUCUGUGUCAAAGUUUAAAAUAUUUAACACAAACAACCUGUGGAUUUCUCUUGGAGCAGUUAAAAGACUGCAGGAACAGAAUGCCAUCGACAUGGAGAUCAUUGUGAAUCCUAAGACGUUGGAUGGAGGCCUGAAUGUUAUUCAGUUAGAAACUGCAGUGGGAGCUGCAAUUAAAAGUUUUGAGAAUUCGUUAGGCAUUAAUGUUCCGAGGAGUCGCUUUCUGCCUGUGAAGACCACAUCAGAUCUCUUACUUGUGAUGUCAAACCUCUAUAGCCUUAAGGCAGGAUCUUUGACCAUGAGUGAAAAGCGUGAAUUUCCUACUGUACCCUUGGUUAAAUUAGGCAGUUCCUUUACCAAGGUUCAAGAUUAUCUAAGAAGGUUUGAAAGCAUACCCGAUAUGCUGGAACUGGACCACCUCACUGUUUCAGGAGACGUGACAUUUGGAAAAAAUGUUUCAUUAAAGGGAACAGUUAUCAUUAUUGCAAAUCAUGGUGACAGAAUUGACAUCCCUCCAGGAGCUGUGUUAGAGAACAAGAUUGUAUCUGGAAACCUUCGGAUCCUGGAUCACUGAAAUAAGCACCGCCAGACAUACUUUCUACUAAUUAUGGGCUAAAGAGUUUCUUAUAAUAAAAUGUCCUCUAAGAUUAUAAACUAAGCAGGUACUUUACUACGUUGUACUCUGCAGUGUUGAUUUUUAAAGUAGUUUUCUGCAAUGAGCUUUAGUCAAGGAAAGCAUAGAUGAGACAAUCCUUUCCUUCUUUGAUGAAAAGCCUAGAAAUUAGUUCCUCUUAAAGUGCAAUACUAUUUAAUCUCAGAAUUGGGCCAGCUCUAUAGAUCUUCAAAAGAAGGUUCAGUGUCUGUCCCUUUGAAUUGCCUUUGAUUUCAAAAAUAAAAAAAAUCUACGUGUUUA